AUGGCUAAAGUUCCACGUAAUUUUAAACUACUUGAAGAACUCGAAAAAGGUGAGAAAGGGAUUGGAGAUGGUACUUGCAGUUACGGUCUUUCAAACGGUGAAGAUAUAUUUAUGAGUGAUUGGAAUGGCACGAUCAUAGGACCUCCUGGAACUAUUCACGAGAAUCGUAUUUAUAGUUUGAAACUUUAUUGUGAUGACAAUUAUCCUAAUAAUCCACCAAUUGUUCACUUCAUUUCGAGAAUUAAUUUACCAUGUGUCAAUCAACAUUCGGGAAAAGUUGAAUCUUCCAGAUUAAGUUGUUUAUCUCAGUGGAAAAGUUCUAAUUCUCUUGAAGACAUUCUAGUAGAUCUACGCCGUGAAAUGGCCAAUGCAGUCAAUAAGAAAUUACCUCAACCUCCAGAAGGUUCUACUUUUUGA